AUGUCGAUCUGUGGCAACAUUAAACAGGGAGAAACAGACUCUGUAGGAAAUGUCAGGGGGGCAGAAGGGAACCAGCCCCUUAAACUAGCCCGCAAAUUCACAGACAAGCAUGAAUGGGUAUCUGUUGAAAAUGGCAUUGGAACAGUAGGAAUCAGCAAUUUUGCACAGGAAGCCUUAGGAGAUGUUGUUUACUGUAGUCUUCCAGAAGUUGGGACAAAAUUGAGUAAACAUGAUGAGUUUGGAGCUUUGGAAAGUGUGAAAGCUGCUAGUGAACUCUACUCUCCUCUCUCAGGAGAAGUGACUGAGAUUAAUGCUGCCCUUGCAGAUAAUCCAGGACUCGUCAAUAAAUCUUGUUACCAAGAUGGUUGGCUUAUCAAGAUGACUGUGGAAACUUUUUAUGAACUGAUGAAUGAAGAUGCCUAUGAGAAAUAUAUAAAAUCCAUUGAGGACUGAGCUGGAAUAAUGAAAUAAAUUCAUACAAAAUAUUUCAGUGUAGUUUGUCGUCAAUCAGUGAAGUACAGAAUACCCAGUUUUGGAAACCUGAAAAAUACCACUUGUGAUCACAUAUGCAAGGCCAUAAAUAAUUGCAGGGAUAAAAAUGUUUAACAUCUGUAUACCUGUGAGGGGUUUUUAUUCUGUUGUCUGCUUUAUGUAACUUCAGGAUGUUAUCUAUAAUAUUUUGGGAAACAAAAUUUAUUAGCUAAAAUACAUACUUCCCAAGAUUCA